CUGUCUUGCAGCCCCAUUCUCAGAAACAUCGAAAACUCCACUCAAUUCAUUUUCCGAUCCAGGCACACGUUACUGGUUUAAUAUCCUACCUUACCGGUACUUCGCAAUUGUCGAUUAUUUAUCUCUUCUCCUGGCAACGGAGAGCAGCUCGGGAGAAACCCGGUUGCCAGAGUUUGAAUAAUAAGACGAAAAUGGGUGGAAAGUCGCGGUUUGCGCACUGAAGUUAGAAGGUCUUUCCUUGUGGAAGUGAAAGAGGUGGCGUGAGUACCACGAGCUCACUCGCUCUUUGAUAGAGUGGGCCUGUCCUUGAGGUUGCUUAAGAUGAGUAUAACAAGUGAUGAAGUCAACUUUUUGGUCUACAGAUAUUUACAGGAAUCCGGUUUCUCCCACUCAGCGUUCACCUUUGGCAUCGAGAGCCACAUCAGCCAGUCCAACAUCAAUGGAACACUAGUGCCCCCUGCUGCCCUCAUCUCUGUCCUGCAGAAGGGCCUCCAGUAUGUGGAGGCCGAGAUCAGCAUCAACGAGGACGGUACGGUCUUUGACGGGCGGCCUAUCGAGUCGCUGUCCCUCAUCGACGCAGUGAUGCCGGACGCGGUGCAGACGCGGCAGCAGGCCUUCAGGGAGAAGCUGUCGGGCCAGCAGCAGCAGGUGACCGGGCCCGCGGCGGCAGCAGCCACCAGCGGCAGCGUCCAGCAGAAACCGCCGGAGAACGGAGAAGUGGUCAACGGGGACGGGGAGAACGGCACCCACAACUUGAAUAACCACGCGGAGGCCAUGGAGAUCGACGGGGAGGUGGAGAUCCCUGCCAGCAAGGCCACGGUGCUGAGGGGCCACGAGUCCGAGGUGUUCAUCUGCGCCUGGAACCCCGUCAGCGACCUGCUGGCCUCCGGGUCGGGAGACUCCACGGCCAGGAUCUGGAACCUGAACGAGAACAACAACAGCUCCUCCACGCAGCUGGUACUCAGGCACUGCAUCCGGGAGGGAGGCCAGGACGUCCCCAGCAAUAAAGACGUCACCUCUCUGGACUGGAACAGCGAUGGAACUCUGCUGGCAACUGGAUCCUAUGACGGCUUUGCAAGAAUAUGGAGAAAAGAUGGAAACCUAGCAAGCACCUUGGGGCAGCAUAAAGGGCCUAUAUUUGCACUGAAAUGGAACAAGAAGGGGAACUGCAUCCUCAGUGCUGGAGUUGAUAAGACGACAAUCAUCUGGGACGCGCACACGGGUGAAGCUAAGCAGCAGUUCCCUUUCCACUCAGCACCAGCGCUGGAUGUGGACUGGCAGAAUAACACGACGUUUGCAUCGUGCAGCACAGACAUGUGCAUCCAUGUAUGCCGACUGGGUAGCGAUCGACCACUGAAGACCUUCCAGGGACACACGAAUGAAGUCAACGCCAUUAAAUGGGACCCAUCAGGGAUGUUACUGGCCUCCUGCUCUGAUGACAUGACUUUGAAGAUCUGGAGUAUGAAGCAGGACUCCUGCGUUCACGACCUCCAAGCGCACAGCAAGGAGAUCUACACCAUCAAGUGGAGCCCCACGGGGCCCGGCACCAAUAACCCCAACUCCAACAUCAUGCUGGCCAGCGCGUCGUUUGACUCGACCGUGCGCCUGUGGGACGUGGAGAGGGGCAACUGCAUCCACACGCUGACCAAACACCAGGAGCCCGUCUACAGCGUGGCCUUCAGCCCGGACGGGAAGUACCUGGCCAGCGGCUCCUUCGACAAAUGCGUCCAUAUUUGGAACACCAUGAGCGGAGCGCUGGUUCACAGCUACAGGGGAACGGGAGGCAUCUUUGAGGUUUGCUGGAACAGCACAGGAGACAAAGUCGGAGCGAGUGCUUCAGACGGCUCCGUGUGUGUUCUUGAUCUUCGAAAGUAGUCGCACGCGUCGACGAGAUGGACACUGAACAUCUGUGGCUCUAUGCCUUUGUGAGUUGAGGAUAAUUGGGGCAUCGGCAGCCAUGCUCUCCUGCAUUUGAGUGGCUGACUUGGAGGGUCUGAUUGGACAGAGGCAGGAACAACACGCAGACUAAGGGGGCUGUGCCGAACGAGGACAGAACAUUUUAAAAAAUAUGAGAGAAACGAAUGCCUGUCUCGGACUUAAAACCAGAAGAAAAGACCGGACUGCCCCUGACUAUAUGUGAUGGCCAGUGGCUCCAUCUCCAGAGUCUCACGGUCAGCACGGCUGCCUCAGAUGGGAAGGGGGGGGAGGGGUGUGGAAGAGCUGCCCGCAGAGACCCUGCCACUGGGCUGGAGAUCAUCCACCGGCUGGCUGUAUAUCCAAGGGGAAAAAAAAGCUUCAAGAGCAACGACACAGCUCUGGACGAGGAAAACUGGGACCGCGGUCAGAACGAUCAUCAAGGGGAUUAGCGUUAAGACACAGAUGAGUUGGGGCUGGCCAGCGCUUUUAUGUGCUGGGGAGGCCGAGAGACGGGCCAGAUUCGGAGCCCCGUGGCCAGCGUCUGUUCCAGCGUUGCGCUAUUGUGCGUGUUAAAUAGCGGAGGGCUCAGUGUCAGCACUGGCCCCGCUCACGCUAUGUUCAUGUGUUCUCUUUUCUCUUGUUAAGAAGCGCUCUCCUUUUGUGGAGUGGAGGGGGUGGACAUGACUAAAAGCUACUCAGUGAAUUUACUAAGAGAUGAGCUCUGGAGGUCAGGAAAAUAUAUUUUGAUGAUAAGAAUGUGCUGUAUCCAGUCUUGCCCGUAUCUUUUGAAGAAUUUAAUCUGCUGAGGCGAAAGGUUUUAUCAAUACAUUUUAUUCCCUUGGUUGAGUAAGACCUCCAUGGGCGUCUGUGGACAGCUAGUUGAGGGGUUCAUAUUAUAUACGUUGUCCCCACUGGAUGUAAAUGUAACGAAUGUAAACAUAUGUAAAAUAGGGUAAGUACACAGAUUUAUAUACUGUGUAUAUAUGCUUAUGUACAGUCCACUCAAAUGUACCGUAAUGCUCCAGAAGCUCAUUGCUUGUUUACGUUUCUCGGAUUCUUGCUUUGCUCGUUUUCAUCUGAAGCAUGUUAAACAUGCCAUUCCUUUCAGUUCCAUUCUAGACGCGUGUUCUCCUAUGACCACAUCCCCCUGCACUGUCUACGAUGGGAGGGAGGGGUGUGUGAGCAGCACAUGUGGCCCACCUGGGAUGGGUCACGCGUUCGUGAGACAGUGGCUGAUUCCCUCCACAGAGCUUUCGGGCAUCUUUUUAAAGGCGAUAAGGGCGCUAGGAGAGUGUUUUUGUUUGUUUGUUGUUGUUUUUUUUUGUUUUGUUUUUUUAAAGGGGCCCCAUGGUCCUGGUGCUGCCUAGUCAGCGAGGUGCAAGAGCAACAGCCUGGUGGGAGACUCGUCACGCUGCUGAGGUCUGCGCUCUGAGCCUCUCCAUCUGUCCCCGGCUCUCGUCCUCUCCCCACACACCAGGUGGAACAUUCUGGACUGGGCGAUAAACAGCCUCUGACCAGUCAAGCAAAAGUCCUGCUGUAGCCAUGAUGGGUUAGUCUUGGUAAUUUGACCACGGUUUGCUGAGAGCGCUAUGGUGGAUUUAUCCUCCCCCGAAACACAGAUAUGAGAGAAAAAAAGGAUGGUAGAAGAACACCAGCUGUAACCAGAAUUGACCUUGCUGAAAUGCAUGCAAUGAGUCUAGCUUUAAUUUUUUUGUACUGUACAUUUGAUUCAGAUUUUUUGGAUUUUAUAACACAGGAUUCUGUGUCUUGACUAAGAAACCACAUUUUUCACAUACUGUAUUUUUUAGCCCUCUUUUGGUUCAGUGCAGCAAGUUUAAGUUUAUUCAGAAGAAAUGUGAAGUGCACUUUUUCAGACAGAAGGGUCAGCCUUUGUUUUCAUUUUUCUGCUAAAAGAGGAAGACCAUUGUUUAUGGCAUUUUUUUUUAUAUACACAACAUACCGACAUUGGUUGAUGGUUCACUGUUUUUCUGAUUUCAUUCCUUGCCAAGAGCUGUUAUUGUCUGUGUCAGACUGAGAAUGGAAUUGCGGUUGGUUGCCAACUGGGCAUGCUGAGAGACCUGGAGCUAAGCAAGUGCUGUGAUGGCUACACCUCACCCCAGUCUAGGGCGAGGGCAUCUGUUUCCAAGAUGAAAAUGAAGUCACAUUCGAUGUCUCAAAUAAAUCACUCUAUUUUGAUAUUAGAA